AUGGAUCAGAAAGACCACGAUCUUGAUGUACUACACUUGCCGAUGAACUGUUUUGUUGAACAUCUCCUCCUUGAAAAAAUUGAGGACGAACCAAUGAUCAGCCAUUGGAGCCAUGAGCAUCAGCUAACACUUUUCAAAGUGCAAAAUGACAAUGAGACAAACAAUGAUAACACAAUAUUAUGUGAUAGCUGUGUACAACCGAUUUCACAUCCAUUUUAUUGUUGUACACAAUGCGUUUAUUUUCUCCACUUAAAUUGUGCCAACUUACCACCAGAGAUACAACACCCACUUCACCAACACCCGAUUCAGCUCUCAAACUUUAGUGAAUUCUAUCGGCCCACCGGUUGCGAAGCUUGCGAGUCAUACAACAACGGUUUCUUCUACAAGUGUGACACGUGUAAAUCCUUCGCCAUUGAUGUUAAAUGUGCUCUCCUGCCCGCCUCUAUUGUACAUGAAGCUCACAAGCACUCCCUAUGUCAGAGAAACAAUACAAGGGUGUCUAUGGAUAUUGCAGUGCAUGUGGAUUCUAUUUUUAUAAUCACGGGUUCGGAUGUAAGGAUUGCAAUUUCCGUCUAUGCGGUAAUUGUGUUCUACUCCCUAAAACCGUCGAGCAUAGAUGGGAUAGACAUUCCCUCAUCCUUACCUAUCCUCCUAUCUUUGAUCAUCCCCAAGAUUUCUAUUGUGAAAUUUGCGAGGAAGAAAUAA